CUACGUCUUUUUAUUCAUAACUUUCCUUCUUUAUGAAUAAAAUAAAUAAAAAUCGUAUAAUUUAAAAUUGUAAACAAAAAUAAUUCGAACAAAGAGCAUCUUCCCAGGAAGCAUCGAAGUAUCCAACUCAUUUUUCGUAUCUUAUUUUGAUUCCCGUGUGUAUCUGCUCCCCAUAAAGAUCUGACAGAAAUCGGCCAACCGGCUAUAUGAUUAUGGCUCUACUGUUGGUUCACCUGAGGCGGCUCAUUCUCUUACUGAGCGUCGUCUACCUGAGCGGAUCUGUGAUCCGCCGCCUUCUCACCGAACGACAUCACGCAUACGCCCUGCAGUCCAAUGGAUUUGGUCGGCGUCGGGGCAGAGGCUGGGGAGCAAAGGAGGCCUAUCACUUCCAAUGGUGGGCUUAUAUAUAUACUUGCUAUGGCUACGUCGUUUUGGUGAACUACGUCAACAUGCGAAGACUCACGAAUUUAAUAGAGUUUUUCUUUCAGUGAUAUAUAAGAUAUGAUAUGUUAUAAAAAUCUUCUUACAACAAUCUUUUAGUCCCUAUUAUGUUUUGUUGUUAAUUAUUUAAUGUUAAAACUCAUUUUUUAUUAACUAAUUUUAAAAAUCGUUAGUAAUUGUGUAUAAUACAUGUAAAAUAUACGCGCCACCUAUUCGGAUAAGUGGAAGCACUAAAGACGCGCCUCUAGCGGAUUUAUUGGAAAACACCUUAGAGUGUUGCCAGACUCGCUGAACGCCAUCUUGUGUUCUUCAAAAUGGCGCUUUGUACUUUCAACCAUUUCAAAUUUAUA